GCAAAAACACACAUCAAGCAUCAUUAGAGUCCCGGAAGUUUCUCUUUAGGCAAUACAAUUUCCGUCAUUUUUCUCUGUUGACAAAUUGAAUCUCGAAGUUUCCUCUUAUUUUGACGAGUAUAAUUGUAGAGAGUAAACCGCAUCACACUAAGCGUGAGACUACAAUGGGUGAACAAUUAAAAAUAGAUGUAGGAGCUUCGCAACAAAAGACCAUUACUCUUCUCAUAAAAACGCCCAACCAGGCUCAGGAGGACCAAAUCGUCGAAUGCGUCAAUCUAAACUGGACUGUAAAGGACCUAAAAACGCGUUUGUCGACUGUUUAUCCCACCAAACCGGCUGUGAGUGACCAGAGACUGAUCUGUGGUGGUAAACUGCUGCCUGACCAUCUACACAUUAAAGAUAUCUUUAAAUGGAUGGACUCCGUUCCAACACUGCAUCUGGUGUGUGCCUUUAGGAAUCAACCCCAAGGACCACUUGAAGCUAGACCUAAGUUGGGGACAGCCAGGUUGUCAUACCCCUGGAGCAGGCAGAAGACCACAGAGACAGAACAACCGCAUCCUUCUGGCCAAAGGCCCAUUGCAGCUUCUGCUUCACCUGGUCCCAGCAGCUCCUUCACAGUCCAAAUGCCUAACACACCAGAGCUGAGGCAGAGGAGAUGGACCUCUUCAACUUCAGCUCCUGCUCCAGCACACGUACAUACCCCAGCAUCUCCACUGUGGACUCCUGCAUGGCCUGCUGCUGCAAUGCCUGGAGCACCACAGAUGACCCAACCAACUUUUCCCACCUGCUCCCUGUACAGCUCUCAACAGCUACUGUGGCUCCAGCAUGUCUAUGCUCGACAAUAUUACAUGCAAUACCACGCAGCUUUGGCAGCAUCAGGCACCGUCCCCUCUAUACCAGCUUCAAUCAUUGGCCAGUACCGCCCUGUUCCUGCCCAGCAAGUACCUGUACCACCCCAUUUAGCCCAUCAGAACCCCAUCAACAACCUGCCAGCUAAUCAGAACCCGGCACAGGAUGGCGCUUUCAUGAACCUGGGAGAGGCAGACCAGAACAUGCGGAUGAAUGCACAGGGCGGGCCUGUAAUGGAGGACGAGGAGGAUAUAGAAAGUGACUGGCUGGACUGGUUGUACUCUGCCGCAAGAUUCUGUGUUCUGCUCAUGAUCGUGUACUUCAAUUCCAACUUGAGUCGUUUUCUGCUGGUGAUGAGCGCCCUCUUCCUCAUGUACCUGCACACUGCUGGUUGGUUUCCCUUCAGAAGGCUGCAGUUUCAAGGACCCAACCAUCUGCAGCCCCCUGAGGUCCAGCACAACCACCAGAACGAGAACAGGAUCCCAAACCCUUAUCCAGCUGUCGAGCGUGCUGAUAGACAAAGGGAGGAACCUGCUGCUGCAGUAGAUGGAUCUGAUGGACAAGAACAAAUGACAGCAGUAUUAGUUCCUCCUCACAGGGUGUCAGUCAUGUGGACGGCCUGGGUUUUCUUCAAAACUUUCUUCUCCUCCCUCAUUCCUGAGGUUCCUCAAGCUAUGGCCAACUGACCACCUAUGACAGAUGACUGAUUCAGACAGCAGACUUUGUUUAUUUUUUCAGUGGGGAACAAUAAUGUCUGGAGAUAUUGUUUGACACGUGGGUACAAGGACAAGGAAGAUGAAUGGAGCUGUCAACUCAAGAAGGAAGAAAAACAAGGGCAUUGAAUGCAAAUAAACGAUGACGGGGACCUCCAUACAGAUUCUUGGACAGUAGCACUAAGAGCUCGUGUCUGACAUUGCUUAAAAACCAGCAAAAUAAAGCAGUGCCACGCACUUGAUUUGCCAAAAAUGUGGACUGGAAACAAACGACACAAAAGACUAGAAAUGUCAGACAUCAUGUAAACUAUAAUAAAUUGUUCAAUGGGAUCUAAGAUCUGACCAAAUACCUACUCUCUACUGAUUGUUGGUUUUAAACCCACCCAAGAUGGUUCUUGGUUUUUUUCAGUUUUUUCCCAAGGCCUUGGAAGACAAGUUCAGAUACGUGGAUGGAACAAUAGUUGUCAGCUGAGGCUAAAAAAAAAAAAAAAAUUCUUAUCUUACAUUGUUGGACUAUUGCACCUAAAUUAUUCUUCCCGUGAGGAUGUUUAUGUACAUGGGCCUUCUGAAUCCUUAUGAUUUGAAAUCAGCUUGUCAGAAUUCGGAUUUUCAAGGGACAGAUUUAUUUUUUCAAUAUGAACUGUCUAUGCAUAGAGCCUAUGUUUGAUUAAAGCUGUAAAAGUAGGACAGAUUGUUUUUCACUUUCAAUCAGACUGUUUCUGCAUGUGGAAGCAAAGAAAGGCCAAAAAUAUUUGAGUUGAAUUUAUAAGAUUCAAAUACUUGACUCUGACAACAAUCUGUAAAUCUAUGGGUUUUGAAUAACUGCUUUUGAUUUUUAGGGGGAUCUUUGCUUUUGAUUUUAAAGUAGAUGUACAAUUUCAAAAACUUGAUAACUUCUGUUUGUUUUGUUUGUUUGUUUGUUAAGGAUUUACAAAAUAUUCUCAAAUUCGGUUGGCCCUUUUAAAUCUAAAAAUUCAAUUAAAGUUAUCAGGUUGUUCAAAUAUAUCAGUUUAAGUCUGAAAUUUUGAUCCUUUUAUUUUGUUUUCUAACGUGAACAUUGCAACUACCAAUGAUAAUCAGACCUCUGUCUAGUCAGCUUUCAUUCUCUGUCACAUUAUUCAAGGAAGACUAGGGCUGCGGUCGAAUAGUCAAUUUUGCUUAGGAAGGUUCCUAAAUGAGUUAAAUAGCCCAGAAGUAUCUAAGUGGAAGCCAUGAUAAGAGCUGGUCGAAGUCUCUAAAUGCUAAGGAAAGGUGCUUCAACAUGUCCUUUCUUAUCUCUUCUAGCAUAGGGUACACUGGACCAUCCUUUAUGAAAGGAAAGAAGAUAAUGAUGUCCCACAAAUUUUAAAGUCACCCACAUCAAUACCAUCCGCCGUAACAUAAUUACAUAUCCUAGUGUAAGUGCAGUCAGAUUCUCUUAGCACUGUGGUUGUCUGUUCCUAAGUCUUUAUGAAUUCGCCUUCACAUCUUUCCUUGACCUAAUGACGUUUUCCAUUGAGGUCGAGGGAAAGUUGUUAGGAAAAGACAUAGGACAUAAUUUUUUGACUAUUCGACUGUAGCCUAGUGCAGAUGAGCCAUUGGAAACCUGACAGAUUUGAAUUUCCAGCUGAUUUGUUGGAAAAAGGAAAAAAAAAAAAUCUUUUGAAAAGACAGGGUAAUCAACCCACUUCAAUUCAGACAGACAGUAAUCAAAGUAACGUUUCAAAUGCUAUAAAUUCCUCUUCAACAUUAAGGACUGAUUAAAUUUCUUAGUUGCCCAUAAGAUUGAAUUCAAUUUGGCCUUUCUUUGCUUCCACACUGUCAUUGUAUUGAAUAUUGAAGAACCUCCAUGCUAACAGAAACUGACUGUGAGUAGAACUUAAGCUCACAAAGAAAACUGUACUUGGAGAAAGUUAAUUUUAAAGCAUUGUCAUCAUGAUUCACAAAGUUUUUAAAAAAUGUACUUCUAACAUGACUGUUCUUUAACAGUUCUAUUUUGGGUUGAUUUUCCUAUUACUGAGUGUCAGAUAAUUUCAGAUGAUGGUGAUUUUGACCAAUUACAAAUUUGGGGUACUUGGGGUACAUUUUCUAUAAAAUAGUGAUUAUGGCACAGUAAAAAUCUAGUCUUGUACUCGAAGCACUUUACAACAUGUAUCUUAUGCAAGCUUCUUUAGUUAUAGAGGGGUUUAUGAUUUAUUAUUCUUCAUGUGAAGAUUUGUAAUAUUAAUAUAAUGCCUAGAAGGCUCAGAGUUUUUUCUGAGAUGGAACUAAGAAUAUGGAACUAAAAAUUUUAGGUCAAGUCAAAAAUCUCACUAAAACAAAACAGAUUAAUGGUAAAUCAGUGAAUCAGUGCUUUUUAAAAUAUAGUAAAAAUCACUCUAGAAAAAAACCUGUCUGAAUUAUUUAUAAUGUCAGAAACUAGCUGUAGAAUAUCUAUGGAAUUAAGGCAAGUUUACUUCUCAGCUGGUUUUGUG